AAGGCGAGGGGAAAUUAGUGGUUUCAUGAUGCCUUGUCUAUUUGUUGCUGCAAAGGAUGAUCUUGAUUCAUAUCCAAUGGCAAUAAAGGAUUCAGCAAAGAUAUGUCAGAGUUUUGGUAUAGAGGCACCUAUUCACAUAAGUGUAAAGGAGAGAGAUCUGAAUAGUGUGUUCAAUAGAAUUGUCACUGCUGCAGAGCACCCUCAUAUAAGUGUUCCUGAAACUGAAGUUGGACGUAGCCAGAAGCGAUAUCGUCACCUUGUUAAUCGCUCUCUCAUGUUUACUUCAGUUGUGGCUGCUGUUGCCGUAGUUGGACUGGCAGCAUAUCGAUCUUAUGCUGCACGGAAGAAUACCUCAAGCUAGGUAAUGUCCUGUUCUACUGGAGAACCAAUAGUCAAUUUUCAACCUAAUAAGAAAGUUUCCCCGCUAUUCCUUUGAUCUCUACUAGAGAAUUAGCUAAUGUCCUUGUACAUAGAGUAUGCUCAGACUUCUUCCAAAGGUUAUUUCAAUUUUGUCCAUCUGGUCUUAUCCAUUUCCUGUUGAAAGUAUCAGCUAGGUGCUAUUUUUCCUUUACACUUUGUUUUAGAAAGCACGAUCUACCUUUUGUGAGCUACAGUUUAUUAGUAAUGUAAUAUUUAGGUGGCAUUUGGACUUUGGAUAUCAUUAUUAGAAAGGCUUUCGGAAAAUAAUUCUGGGAAAAGUUGCCUAUUCAGAUUGGUUUUGGAGGAAAUGUUAAACAUCUGGUUAGUUUU